UUUGUGGUGCAGUUCCCUCGUGAAACCGAGGGGGGCGCUCUGCCACCAGCCUUCACAGACAGCACUGACUGAGGGGAGAGAGAGCUUUGUGCCGAAAACUAGAAACCCAACCUGUGUCAGACUAAUGAAUGAAAACGGCCCACUUGAGAGAGGCCAGUAGAAGACCGUGUGGAUUAUACAUCAACAAGCAUGGAGUUCCCGCAACAGCAGAAACCGGCGGGGGACGGAAAGAUCGUCUAUCCGCCGGGAGUGAAAGAGAUUACGGACAAGAUCAGUAACGAUGAGGUGGUCAAACGGUUGAAGAUGGUGGUGAAGACCUACAUGGACAUGGACCAAGACUCAGAAGAAGAGAAGCAGCAGUAUCUGGGCCUGGCACUUCACCUGGCCUCAGAGUUCUUCCUCAGGAACCCUAAUAAGGACGUACGACUCCUGGUGGCCUGCUGUCUGGCUGACAUCUUCAGGAUCUACGCCCCCGAGGCCCCUUACACCUCCCAUGACAAGCUCAAGGACAUCUUCCUGUUCAUCACCAGACAGCUAAAGGGACUGGAAGACACCAAGAGCCCUCAGUUUAACAGAUACUUCUAUCUACUGGAGAACCUGGCAUGGGUGAAGUCCUACAACAUCUGCUUUGAGCUGGAGGACUGUAACGAGAUCUUUAUCCAGCUUUUCAAAACACUCUUCUCUGUCAUCAAUAAUAGCCAUAAUCAGAAGGUGCAGAUGCACAUGAUGGACCUGAUGAGUUCUAUCAUCAUGGAGGGGGACGGAGUCACACAGGAGCUGCUGGAUACCAUCCUCAUCAACCUCAUCCCUGCACACAAGAACCUGAACAAGCAAGCAUAUGACCUUGCCAAGACCCUGCUGAAGAGGACCGUCCAGACCAUAGAGACAUGCAUUGCUAACUUCUUCAACCAGGUGUUAGUGAUGGGCAAGUCAUCAGUCAGCGACCUAUCAGAGCACGUCUUCGACCUAAUCCAGGAACUCUUCGCCAUCGACCCUCUGCUGCUUACCUCUGUCAUGCCUCAGCUGGAGUUCAAACUCAAGAGUAAUGAUGGCGAGGAGCGUCUAGCUGUGGUGCGGCUGCUAGCUAAAUUGUUUGGGGCCAAAGACUCUGAGCUGGCCACGCAGAACAGACCUCUAUGGCAGUGUUUCUUAGGACGGUUCAAUGACAUCCAUGUUCCUGUCAGGCUGGAGUGUGUAAAGUUUGCCAGCCAUUGCCUCAUGAACCACCCAGACCUGGCCAAAGACCUCACAGAGUACUUGAAGGUGCGUUCCCAUGACCCAGAGGAGGCCAUCCGUCAUGAUGUCAUCGUCACCAUCAUCAAUGCCGGGAAGAAAGACCUCAACUUGGUUAAUGACCAGCUGUUGGGCUUUGUACGGGAAAGAACCUUAGACAAGAGGUGGCGUGUGCGUAAGGAGGCCAUGAUGGGUUUGGCCCAGCUUUAUAAGAAGUACUGUCUGCACCAUGAGGCAGGGAAGGAGUCGGCCCUGAAGAUCAGCUGGAUCAAAGACAAGCUGCUGCACAUCUACUACCAGAACAGCAUCGACGACAAGUUGUUAGUGGAGAAGAUCUUUGCCCAGUACAUGGUCCCUCACAGUCUCGACACAGAGGAGAAGAUGAAGUGUCUGUACUACCUGUACGCCUGCUUGGACACAAAUGCUGUCAAGGCUCUGAAUGAGAUGUGGAAGUGUCAGAACAUGCUCAGAGGCCUGGUCAGAGAGCUGCUGGACCUCCACAAGCUGCCAGUGUCUGAGGCCAAUAACACAGCCAUGUUUGGGAAGCUGAUGACUAUUGCCAAGAACCUGCCAGAUGCAGGCAAGGCUCAGGACUUCAUGAAGAAGUUCAACCAGGUCCUUGGUGAGGAUGAGAAGCUCCGAGUCCAGCUAGAGACGCUCAUCAGCCCGACCUGUUCCUGCAAACAGGCUGAGCUCUGUGUGAGGGAGAUCACUCGGAAGCUUACAUUCCCCAAACAGCCCACCAACCCCUUCCUGGAGAUGGUCAAGUUCCUGCUGGAGCGCAUUGCUCCCGUCCACAUCGACUCUGAGGCUAUCAGUGCUCUGGUGAAGCUACUGAACAAGUCCAUUGAGGGCACAGCUGAUGAUGAUGAAGAGGGAGUUACCCCUGACACGGCCAUCCGCUCUGGCCUGGAACUACUCAAGGUCCUGUCAUUCACCCACCCCACUGCAUUCCACUCAGCGGAGACCUACGAGUCUUUGCUCCAGUGUUUGAAGAUGGAGGACGACAAGGUGGCCGAGGCGGCCAUCCAGAUCUUCAGAAACACAGGGCAGAAGAUUGAGACGGAGCUGCAACAGAUAAGAUCGACUCUGAUUCCCAUCUUGCAUCAGAAAGCCAAGCGCGGUACGCCCCACCAGGCCAAGCAGGCUGUUCAUUGCAUCCAUGCCAUUUUCAACAACAAGGAAGUCCAGCUGGCACAGAUUUUUGAGCCUUUGUCUCGUAGUCUAAACGCAGACGUCCCAGAGCAGCUGAUCACUCCCCUUGUGUCCCUGGGCCACAUCUCCAUGUUGGCCCCAGAUCAGUUUGCUUCGCCAAUGAAGUCCAUUGUGGCCAACUUCAUCGUCAAGGACUUGCUCAUGAAUGAUAGGUCAAUAGGAAACAAGAAUGGGAAGCUGUGGACGACUGAUGAGGAAGUUUCACCUGAGGUUCUAGCUAAGGUGCAGGCCAUCAAGCUGCUGGUGCGCUGGUUACUGGGAAUGAAGAACAACCAGUCCAAGUCGGCUAACUCCACCCUGCGCCUGCUGUCAGCCAUGCUAGUCAGCGAGGGAGACCUCACAGAGCAGAAGAAGAUCAGUAAAUCAGACAUGUCUCGUCUGAGGCUGGCUGCAGGUGGAGCCAUCAUGAAACUGGCCCAGGAGCCCUGUUACCAUGACAUCAUCACGCCUGAACAGUUCCAGCUCUGUGGCCUCGUCAUCAAUGAUGAGUGCUACCAGGUUCGUCAGAUCUUUGCCCAAAAGUUGCACCUGGCUCUAGUAAAACUGCUGCUGCCGCUGGAGUACCUGGCUGUGUUUGCCCUCUGUGCUAAGGACCCGGUCAAGGAGCGCCGCGCCCACGCCCGACAGUGCCUCCUCAAAAACAUCUCCGUCCGUAGAGAGUACAUCAAACAAAACCCACUUGCUCAUGAAAAACUUGUGUCCCUCCUUCCUGAAUACGUGGUUCCCUACAUGAUCCACCUGCUGGCCCAUGACCCCGACUUCACAAAACCACAGGAAUAUGAACAGCUCAAAGACAUCAAAGAGUGCCUGUGGUUCAUGCUGGAGGUGCUGAUGACCAAGAAUGAGAACAACAGCCACGCCUUUUUGAGGAAGAUGGUGGAGAACAUCAAACAGACCAAGGAUGCACAGUGUCCUGAUGAUGCAAAGGCCAACGAGAAGCUGUAUAUCGUGUGUGAUGUCGCUCUCUUCGUCAUCGCCAACAAGAGCACUGCCUGCCACCUGGAAUCACCAAAAGAACCCGUCCUACCUACCAAGUUCUUCCUCAUGCAGGACAAGGACUUCAAAAACGAUAAAGACUAUCUGUCGGGAGAGAUGAGACAAAUGCUGCUCACUGGAAAGCCUAAGCCACCUCCAGUGCUGGCAGCUGUGAACAAGCCUCUGACAGUACCAGGGAGGAGGAUCUUCACUAAAACCACCACGUCCUCAGACACAGCCAGCAACGCCAGCUCCAACUCCAACUCCCAGCUCAGCUCCUCAGCCAAUAACAAGAACAGUAACAGCAAUGCUGCAACAGAGACAUCAGAUAGCAGAGCACAGGAAAACAAUGAAAACCCGGUCAUCAAGAAUGAUGAUGGGAAGAAGGAGGAGGCAGGUCAGAAUGCAUCCCCUGACGCCACAACAGAAGCAUCUCCCGCAAAACGGCGUGGCCGCCCGCCAAAGUCAGCAGCCGCUGUCCCUCCUGUAGCAGCUGAAAAGGAGGGAGGGGCGGUAGCAGGGGGCGGAGCCGGCAGAGGCAGGAAGAGGGCAGCUGACACCACCUCUGACCCAUCUGCAGAGUCAAUCAACAUCAAGGUGUCAAAACAACAGCAGCAGAAGGAUGAAGGGACAAAGAGACAGAUUGACUUGCAGAGGUAAAGAGGAAAUGGACGAAGGCGAGAUCAAAACUGUAGAGAACGGGCCAGACUCUCCUCAUACCCCCCAGCCCUACAUACAUGCUCCUCUAAAGCUCUUCUGGACACAUGAUGGACCUUUCUUACACACGUUCAUAUACAUAUGUGCGCGCACACCACUGACAUCCUAGAAGGUUUUAAACACCUUGUAGUCAUGAUUUGAAGCUCAUUGUAUGUAGAUCUUACUCUCAAAAACAUGUUAUUUUUUCCUUUGUGUUUGUUGCUCUUUGCUUCUUUUGUGGAGCCAUUUUUAAGAAAAAAAAAAACAGGAUGGACAUUUUACAAAACGUUUUAAUCUGGUUGAUUGUUGCUUAUUAAAUUCCCUGGGAAAAUCCUACUGUAUGCCUCCUGACCUCUUCCUCCUCAGUGGUCUCUGUUGCACAAUGUUCUUAUUUUGGGCUUGCUUUCUGGUCACCUGUUUUACUUUUUAGUAUUUGUAUAUACCCACAUGGCUUCUCAGUUUAACUUUGAAUAUCCUUGAGAAUUGAAAAUUGCAAGAGAUGGGUAGAAUAUGGGAACAUCAAAGCAUCAGGAGUGGUGCAUUUAACAGACAAACGAUGCAAAUUCAAACCCAUUCCUUUGUUUCCCCCCUUAGAGAUUGUUGACAUCAAUUUUAUAAACUGGGAUAUUGAAGUUUCUAACUUUUGUGCUGUAUCUUGGUUAUAGUUCUGUCAGAAGGCCAGGUAGACACUCCUGGUGGCAUCUUUAUUGCCUCCUGUAAUGUUUUUGAAGGCCUUUGAUUCAUUUCCAGUUUGCUGAUGGAAAUAUUGCAACUGUCAAAGAACUUUGGAGACUUUAACCUAAGCUCUUUUCUUCUUACUUUGUCAUCCCCCGGACUGGUCAGGGGGUCUGAAAUCCAGCUGGAUAUGAAUUACAUAAUUUUACUCUUUUUUUACUGCUGAAGUACGUAACAGUACUUCACUUUGGAAUGCAUACAGAUCAUAAAUUACUAUACAGGUAUGUGUCCAAGCUUUUGUCAUCUUUUACAACUGAAUAUUUUUUGUACCUUUCUUUUUCUGUCAGGUUUUUGUAGGGUAAAGCCUGCUGUUAAGCAUCGAAUGAGUGGAAACCUCAAGGGUUGUGUUGAUAAUGACUUAUUUUUGAUGUAGUUAAAGUAUGUUUAUUCUCAUGAUCAUAUUUAAUUUUCUUUUUUCCAGAAAAUAAAUGCUUUUAGAUGUU